CGCACAACUUCAUGCCUCAUGAGGAGCAGAAGAUACACAGCGUACAGCCUUGUUAGCUGAACCUUCUUGGCGAACGAUCAGUCCUGCAGAACACGUGACAUCCACUGCAAGCCACAGCUUACGUUAGAUGACAAUAAGCGGCAAUUUAUGACGACGGAUGCCGACCGCUUCAAAUUUCGGGCAUGACCACAACCGCCUUGACAGAGCACUGCAAUGCCGAAAUAUCGAAAGCAGCGUGCAGGAAAUGGCAAAGUUUAUCAUACGAAGGCACUGAGUGAUCGACCGCACCGUCGUCCGUGUGUGACCGAAGAAAUGUCCAAAGGCUAAAAGAGGACACGAGGCGCCCACGAAGGUCGGCCUAUAUCCACACCACAGGUUUUCCACCAACGUUAUUACGUUUGGAGAGGCUGAGGAGAGGGGGCCGUGUUAAACCGGGCUUUUAGUGGAUUUUUACUACUUGCAAGUCAUUGCUUUUUCGGCCAUGUGCAGACUGCAUAUACACACACUGCACAGCUCUCAAUCGGCAGGGAAGGUAUAAAGGAAGCCAUGAAGUCCUAUCCUUGCUCUUCUUCCAAGCUGCGAGAUAUCCGUAUUACUCUAGUCAUUUAUUACAACUACGAACCAAAUAAUAUACUAUAAACCUACGGUCAUAAUGUUCACCACACUCGUCGCCCUUCUCUCGAUCGUCUCUCUCGCCGCGGCUUCACCUUUGCCUGAGGCUCGAUCCCUUCACAAGCGCUACACUCGCGUGCAAAUUCAAUCCCAUCGUAACGGGGAAUGCCUUGUCCCCGAAGGUGUCAAGUGGGGUAACGGUUUCCAAGUCAUCACUAAGCCAUGCGAACAAGCAACUUGGUGGGAUAUCAACCCCGGCUCUGGAAGCAUCUUGUUGAGCGGGACAAAUAUUGCUUUGGAUGCUGGCACUGGUACUGAAAACAAUGAGAUCGUAAAGAUUUGGGAUUCCUACCCCGGUCUCUUCCAGCAGACCUGGUACCUAACCCCAGACAACCGUAUUGCCAUCACCGGCGGCGACCAAUGUCUUGACCAAGGCGAUAACGGACCUCAGACAUACCAAUGCACCACCGGCAAUACCAACCAAGUCUGGUAUCUCAUUGAAGGUGCCGGCAGCGGAAGUACUACUACCCUUCCCGCCGACGGUAGCGCAACCACCGCCGUUUCAUCCUCGGACUCUUCUGAGCCCACUACUUCAACUGCCGAGGUCUCGAUUCUUACUGAUUCCCCCAUCGCCACUGCCACUGCCACUGCAUCUACCUAAAUGAUGCCGGAGGUCUAUUAGCCAGAUGAGGAUAUCACAACAUGAUGGACAGUUGACGAACAAGAAUGGGAAAUAAAAGGCUCAUGUGUAACCUGAUAAUAUACUCGGAAAAAUGAUUGCUCCCAGCUGUACAUGUUUUAUGCAAUCAUACUUUCGAAAUUUACCUGCCCAUAACAUGCUUGGUAUUACACCCAGUUACUUGGGUGAUUCGA